CUUCGGCAAACAACCUUGCUCUCUUACUAUUUGUUCACCGACUUUUAUAUCAAUGUUCAAAUCGACCGUUCACUUAACUCAUCAGCUUGCACGUUCUUCUAUCCUCAAAAGAGCCUUUACAAAUUCUGCUAUUACACGCUCAGCUGCUGUAUUGCCGACUUCACUUCAAGCUUUUACUGAGGAAGAAUUGAUGCUAAAGGAUACAGUUGCCAAGUUUGCCAACGAGGUUAUAAAGCCUAAAGUAGCUCAAAUGGAUGAAACUGAAACGCUUGAUAAAUCAGUUUUGAAGGGUCUCUUUGAACAAGGUCUGAUGGGUAUCGAAACUGAAGCCGACUACGAUGGUUCAAAUUGUUCAUUUACAUCAGCUAUUAUUGCCAUUGAAGAACUUGCGAAGGUUGAUCCUGCUGUUAGUGUAAUUUGUGACGUUCAGAACACUUUGGUUGGCACAGUUGUUCGUAAAUAUGGUAGUGACGACGUGAAGAAAAGAUUCCUUCCCAAGCUUGCUACCGAAUCUUUGGGAUGUUUCUGUUUAUCAGAAGCGGGUUCUGGUUCCGAUGCUUUCGCACUGCAAACAGGAGCUAUAGAAAAAGGUGAUCAUUACAUAAUCAACGGUUCAAAAAUGUGGAUCACAAACUCAGGAGAAGCCGAUAUUUUCCUUGUAUUUGCUAAUGUGGAUCCGUCAAAAGGCUACAAGGGCAUUACAUGCUUUAUCGUGGAAAAGGAUAUGGGAGUUCAGGUGGCAAAGAAAGAAACCAAAUUAGGUAUUCGCGCUUCGUCUACCUGUGUGUUGAACUUUGAUGAAAUUCGCGUUCCCAAAGAAAAUAUUCUCGGGGAAGUAGGCAAGGGUUAUAAAUACGCCAUCGAAAUUUUGAACGAAGGACGUAUUGGUAUUGCUGCUCAAAUGAUUGGCACCGCUCAAGGCGCUUAUGAUCUUGCAUUGCCCUACCUCUUCCAGAGAAAGCAAUUUGGGCAAUACAUUGGUGAUUUUCAAGCUAUGCAGCAUCAAUAUGCUCAAAUCGCUGUGGAAAUUGAAGCUGCCCGUCUUUUAACUUACAACGCCGCCAGGUUGAAGGAAGAAGGCAAAAGUUUUAUUAAAGAAGCUGCUAUGGCCAAGCUGUACUCUUCUCAAGUGGCUGAGCAUGCUGCAUCAAAGGCAAUUGAAUGGUGCGGUGGUGUAGGUUUUACUCGAGAACUAGGCGUUGAAAAGUUCUAUAGGGAUGCAAAGAUUGGUGCCAUUUAUGAGGGAACGAGUAACAUUCAACUCCAAACUAUUGCUAAAUUAGUUUCAGCAAACUACAAAUAGAUCAAAUAAAACAUGCCAUCUGCAGUUCUUAAAGCCGUAUUAACAUUGACAAAUGAUUUUAAGUCAACAGAAGGGGAG